GGGAUCUUAUUUCCUAGUACCCUCCCAUGAACCAGUCUAGCAACAUCUUGUUCCCUUCUCGUUAUCAGAUCAAUCGGACCGCAACAUGAGCACCAAGAUUCUCACAAGCCUGGCCCUCGCCGGCCUUGUCUCCACUGCUGUGGCUUGUUCGACUCAGUCCGAUGUUGAGAUCACCUUCUACGGGUACCCUGACAACGACCCUCCGAGUGCCGAUAUCGCGUACGACUGUGGGCGGGGCUACACUGCUGGAGGUACCGGCACCUACAGCGACCCAUUGACAUUUGCCUCGGCCCCUGGCGAGUUUGACCAGUGCGAGAUUAUCUAUCUGCCUUAUCUUCGCAAAUAUCUCCGCUUCGAGGAUACCUGUGCUCAGUGCACCACCGACUACGAGGACGGCAAGCGUCACAUCGAUAUCUGGACCGGAUCCAGUACUUCGAAUGGCGGCGACAGCCAGAUUGACUGCGAGGACGAUCUGACGCCCGACAAUUCCCAGUCUAUUGUCACCGACCCGGCCAGCUCUUACACGGUCAACUCUGGCGAGUUGUUUUCCGACGGAACUUGCCACACCUCUAACACCUACAGCAACGCCGAUGCCUCGAGCUAUUGCAGCUCCGGUUCGUCCAGCUCUGGCUCCGGCUCCGGAUCUUCGUCCUGCGCCUGGGAAGGUCACUGUGCUGGUGCCUCCUGCUCAGAUGAGAACGACUGCUCCGGGGACCUGACCUGCCAGGACGGCAAGUGCGCCUAGUGCUACCAUCUGAUGGCCAUCCGUUGAAUAGAAAUGUGCCACGUCUACCGUUGGCAUCGGCACUGCCUAGUCGAGCCGUCUUGUAUUCAGAUUUAUGAAGUUGUUCGGACGAGUGC